UAGGUAAGCUUUACGUUCAGUCUAUCGACGUUCUCCGCAAACGUACCAUCGUGAAGAACUCUGUACAUUCCAUUUUAUCCUAGCUCAAGAACUAAAAGAUGCCGGUGCGAAUCAAUUGGCCUCUAUUGACGGCGACGGUCUGCCCUAACAUCGGCGGUUGGAUCGGCGGCUACAUCACCCAGAAAAAUAUGAGCUGGUACGAGACGCUGAACAAAUCGAAAAUCAUUCCGCCAAACUGGUUGUUCGCACCUGUAUGGACCACCCUUUACUGUACAAUGGGCUACUCGUCGUACCUGGUGUGGCGAGACGCGGGUGGCCUGCAGGAAGCGGCCGUACCGCUCAGCGUGUACGGUCUUAAUCUUGCCCUCAACUGGUCGUGGUCGCCACUCUUUUUUGGGACUCAUAACAUUAAAUGGGCUCUCUACGAAAUUGUAGCAUUGUCAGCCAGCACGGCGACACUUGGAAUCGCAUUCUACCAGGUCAAUCCUAUCGCCGGCUAUCUUAUCAUUCCCUACUUUGUGUGGACCUCUCUCGCCACAGUGUUCAACUACGUCAUCUAUCGAGAUAAUAAACAGCUCCCGGCUGUCGAGAAGACUGAAGAAAAGAAAAAUUAAAGAACAUAACAUAACAAAAAGAAAAGAGACAGAAAGUCAUAAAUCUUUUUGCUUAGACAAAGCUAGCUUUUUAUGUUGGGAAAACAUAUCUCACGAAAUCGAUGUUGGGGUUGAUUGAUGGGCUCAACGAAUAUUUUGAAUACUAUUGAAUCAACGAUCUAUAUAUAACGAGUAAAUAUCGAAUAUUUGUAUAUGUAUACAAUGAAAAAAUGUUAAGAAAGCGAAGAAAAAUAUCUCUGCAAAAUAUUUCUAUCAAAAUUUAUAUAAUUUUUUUUUAUUUUAUUAAUAUAUCAAAUAAAAUAUUAUUAAUAUAAUAUAAAUUUAUAUUAUUAAUAUAUUAAAUGAAAUACUUGGUGUAUUAAUGUUUCUCUUUCUUUUUUUAUAAAGUCAUUUAAAGAAAGACAUGUGCGAGUUGCUAUUCAAAAUUGAAGAAAAUCUUUCAUCAACAAUCUGUGGAUCAAAAAAGUUUAAUUUAUCGACUCGCUGUUCUUUCUUGAAUCUAGCAUCAAAGAAAAAAAAAAGAGUAAAGGCUAUGAUACAUAAAAAAGUUUUAAUCGCAACUGUAAAACUGUAAGAAAAUCAACUAAUCACAGUCAAACAUUUUUACUACAUUGUGAAAUGCUUGACUGUGAUUGAUCGAUUCGGCCUUACGUUUACGUAAUUAAAAUGUGAUUAAAACUUUUUUACGUGUCCUUGAGAGGCCUUAAGAGACAUGGCCUUAAGAGAGAUAAUCGAGUAUGCCCAUCAUUCACUACUUUACUUUUGUACAAUUGUUAUUAUUGUUUGUUGACUACCGCAGUCAUCGACGAGACGUGCCUUUGCAUUGAACGCACAACGCCAUUAGUAUACACAUGUUUAUUGAUCGAUAUACGAAAUAAAGAUUAGGUCAAUCGAU